AGAAAUGAUUUACCUGUGUAUUGUCACACCUGUCCUGAUCGAAACUGACGCUCCUGAGCUCUCAAUCUGACGGGAAAUCUCAACAUACACUACAUUAUUCAUCUCAGAUCAGUGUCAGGACUCCUGUGGUAUGAAAAAUGACUGAAGUGCAGAUAUGAAUUCAGACUGAUGAAUGUUAGUAAGUCUAAAUCUCUGGCGUCCGUCUGAAUAAUGAAGAGCAAGAUGGCGGAGGUGCUGAUCUCAGAUGAUGAAACCGCAUUAGAGAAGAAAAGACCUGCAGACGCCACUGAUCUGAGUUCAGCUGAAGAGGAGAACACACUGCAGGACGGCACAGAGGAGACGCAACACACAGCAGGAGACUCACUGACUGAUGAUGAUGAUGAUGAAGAUCAGCAGGACUCCUGGAGUCCAGAGGAAGCAGCUCAAGCCUUCACUGCCAACGUGACCAUCGUCCAGCCACACACACACACACAAACAGACGUCCAGAAGGAGGAGGAGAUGCGUCAGUAUGAGCAGAAAAUACACACACACACUCACACUCCUGAGCGCACACACACUCCGCCGCUCUGGGUGCAGGAGAUGCUGAAAGAUGAAGACAGCUACAGUGUGCAGGUGAUGCGUCUGUGUGUGUGUGUCGCCGCUGCUGCCGUGAUUUUCCCUUUAUUGACCUGGGCUGGGUUUAAGCUCCUCCCCUUUGAAGCUCCUCCCCUCGAAAGCUCCGCCCUCCGGCUCAUCUACACUCUGAGAUGCGCCUUCUUCGCCACCAUUCCCAUCAUCCUGGGUGUGUUGGCUGAGGGUGUGUCUCGGCUCAGGUUCAGGAGUCUGCAGCCGGUGUGUGUGGACGCGCUGCAGAAGCGUGAGUUGUGUGUUCACCGUCAUUACGUGCGCGAGUCGCUGCAUCUCUUCCUGCUCUACUUCCUGCAGCUGAGCGUCAUGGCAACGUACACACACCAGCAGAUGCUGCGACUCGUGCCGCUGCUCACCGUCAUCUUCGUCUUUGGCAGGCUGAUCUACUGGGUGUGUGUGGCGUUCGGCAGCAGUGUUCGUGCUCUGGGCUUCUCUCUCUCCUUCCUGCCGCUGCUCGUCCUGCUGGGAGCAAACUUGUAUUUCAUUGGCUCAGGGGUCGGAAAGGAGGCGGUGUUUGACGUGGCUCCGCCCACCACCGCCCCGCCCCGAAAACAGAGAUGGUGGGGCUGAAGAUCAGAUGAUUACAGUCUGAACAAUCAGAUCUAAUGACAGACGCUGCUGAAUUCAACACAGAUGAUGAAGACUGAGAGACAAAUGCACUGAGAAUCUCCACACAUGAAGGAAAACACUGAUCUGAACGCUUCUUUAAGAUUAUUAAUGCUGUUAAACGAUUAAUCACACACAAAAUGAGUUGUUUACAUAAUAUAUUAGUGUUUACUGUGUAUAUUUAUCAAUAUAAAUACACAUAUGCAUGUAUAUACUCUAUAAUAGCCAUGUAUAAAACUGGUUUAUUUAUAUGAUGUACUAUACCAAUCAGGUACAUUAUUUGUAUGCAUGUAUUGAAAAUGUUUAUAUUUAUGAUGCUCAUUUGCAUAAUAUAAAUAUGUUAAUAUUUUUAAGGGUAUACAUGUAUUUGUGUGUAUUUAUAUACACAGUGGAUUUAUAUAUUAUGUAAACACUAACCCUGAAUUGAAUAUUUACUUAUAUUUUAACUGAAGCCAUAAUUAAGCAUGUUUGUUUACAUUAAAUAAGCAUUAACUACAGAAAAGCAACAUAAAACAAUACAAAAUACACAGAAACAAUAAAAAUAUGAUUAAAAAAUACAAUAAAACUACAUAAAAGCUAUUUUAAUCAUCAGGUUCCCAAGGAAAUACUUAUUUUUUUAAAAGUUUUUGUACUAAAACACCAAAUAAACUAUAUUUAAUAUUUGAAUAAUCUUAAUUAUGUAUUGCAUUAUUUCAUGUCAUCAACAUUUCCAUCCCAAAUUCCUCUUCUAUUUUAGAGAACGAUGUGCUCGUUACUGUUUUAUUAAGUUGUUAUCAUGCAAAUAUAUUUUUAAACAGGCAAAACUGAAUUAUAUUGUAAUGAUAUAUUUGUUUAGACUCACUUUUGGAUAAUAAUUGUAUUUUGUUUUACAGUAUUCUGACGUUGAAUGUUUCAGAUAUGCAAUAAUCAUCAAUAUUUUACAGUUCUAUGAUACAUAUUACAUGAAUAUUUUAUAUCGUAAUGUCUGUGUAUAUAUAACGUCUGAGUGUGUUUCUGAAUAAAUGCUGCAUGUUUGAUUCACAAUGAACACAAAAUCAAUCAGAGAGUUCGUUCAUUCAUUUAUAGAGAGGGAUAAACAUUACAGCAGCGUGUUAGAAAUCCAUAUUUACAGUUUUAUAAGUGCUGGAGACGAUCACAAACACACACUCAGAGUGUUUGUUUUUU